AUGGCCAUUCACUUUGGAGCUUCUUCCUCUUCCUCUAGUACUACCAGCCAGUCCGGAACAUAUGAUGUUUUUCUGAGUUUUAGAGGUGAGGAUACACGCAACACUUUCGUAGGCCAUUUGUACCACAAUCUGGUUCAAAGGGGAAUCAAAACGUUCAGAGAUGAUGUUGAGCUUGAAGGAGGAGAUGAAAUAGCAGCUGCUCUUCAGAAAGCAAUUGAAGAAGCAAAAUUUCUUAUCGUCGUUUUCUCUAAAAAUUAUGCUACCUCGAAUUGGUGUUUAGAUGAACUCGCUAAGAUUAUGGAAUGCAAAGAGGUAAACAAUCAAAUUGUUUAUCCUAUUUUUUAUAAGGUAGAUCCAUCAGAAGUACGGUACCAAAAUGGUAGUUUUGGUGAGGCACUUGCUAAGCAUGAAAGAACAUCCAAAGGAAACACGGAGAAGAUCAUAAGAUGGAGGAAAGUUCUCACACAAGCAGCAAAGUUGUCUGGUCGGCAUUUCUUGGACGGCGGACAUGAAGCUGAUUUUAUUGAAACAAUCGUUGGAGAGAUUUCGGCAAAACUGCUAGACCUUACACAUUUAGAGGUAGCAGAGUAUCCAGUUGGAAUCGAGUCUCGUGUAGUAGAUAUGCUCAAUCUUUUACAUGUUGGGGAAAAUGAUAUUCGGAUGGUAGGUAUAUGGGGAAUUGGCGGAAUUGGAAAAACUACGGUUGCUAAAGCUGUCUAUAAUCAGAUUGCCCAUGAGUUUGAAGGUAGAUGUUUUCUGAAAAAUGUCAAAGAACAUGGACACCUAGCUCAACUACAAGAGCUUCUUCUUACAAAGAUGCUGGGGAACCUGACAUUUAAGGUUUCCAAUGAUGAUGAGGGAGUCGGGAUCAUAAAAACAAGGCUGACACAAAAAAAAGUUCUCAUAGUUAUCGAUGACGUGAAUAAUGAGAACCAGUUAAAAAAAUUAGUGGGAGAUUCUGAUUGGUUUGGCCCAGGUAGCAGAAUUAUCAUAACAACAAGGGAUAUGGGUUGUUUGGAUGCCCAUAAUGUUAAAAAGAUAUAUGAGGUCAAGAAACUAAAUGAUGCAGAUGCUUUGAGGCUCUUACGUUUGGAUGCCUCCGAAGGAAAUAGAAGUCUAGAUCAAGAUACUAUGGCAAUUAUCCAUGACGUACUUCAUUACAGUCAAGGCCUUCCGUUAGCUUUGGUCGUUAUCAGAACAAUUUUGGUUCUACAGAGUACAGAUAAAUGGCCAGCUGCACUAAGAAGUCACCGAAAAUCUGGUAAGGGAAUUCAUGAACUCCUGAAAAUAAGCUAUGAUGCACUGGCCGAUGACGAGAAAGAAGUUUUUCUUCACAUUGCAUGUUUCUUGAAAGGUAGAAACAAGAAUUAUGUGAUAGAUAUACUGGGGGGUUGUGGCCUCAACCCCGGAGAUGGUAUUGACGUACUAAGAAAAAUGGCCCUCAUUAGCAUCACUAAAGAGGAGGAAAUUUGGAUGCAUGACCUGCUAGAAGAUAUGGGCAAAAAUAUAGUUAUCCAAGAGUCACCAACUGAGCCGGGAGAACGAAGUAGAUUGUGGAAUUACGAAGAUGUGCACCAUAUUUUUGUGGAAAACAUGGUAAGUUAUCUAUGGCUUAUAUCUAAUGUUACUAAUUAA